AUGUCGAUCGAAUUGGAAUCCGCCGAUGUUGUCCGUCUUAUUGAACAAUAUUUAAAGGAGAACAAUCUUUUGCGUACUUUGCAAGUGUUGCAGGAAGAAACUGGAGUUACCCUUAAUACCGUCGAUUCUGUUGAAAGUUUUAUGAACGAAAUUACAAGCGGUCAUUGGGAUACCGUUCUAAAAGUUGUGCAAAAUUUGAAGCUUUCGGACCAUAAACUUAUGGAUCUCUACGAACAAAUCGUUAUAGAGCUGGUAGAGCUGCGAGAACUAGGCGCAGCUCGGACUCUUCUCCGUCAAACGGAUCCAAUGGUUCUUCUCAAACAGAAUCAUCCAGAUCGCUACCUGCAUUUGGAAAACCUUUUGGCCCGAUCCUACUUUGAUCCCCGUGAAGCUUAUCUUGAGGGGCAGUCCCGCGAAAAACGGCGUCAGGCUAUUGCUUCUGCUCUAUCUGGGGAGGUCAGCGUAGUUCCGCCCUCAAGACUUCUGGCUUUGUUGAGUCAAGCUCUGAAAUGGCAACAGCAUCAGGGUCUCCUUCCUCCUGGAACGGCUAUUGAUGUUUUCCGCGGUAAGGCGGCUGUUCGAGAGCAGGAGGAAGAGAAACCACCUACACAACUUUCGGCAACAAUCAAGUUGGGUCAGAAGACACAUGUUGAAUGCGCAAAGUUCAGUCCAGAUGGGCAGUAUCUAGUAACAGGAUCUGUGGAUGGUUUUAUUGAAGUGUGGAAUUUCAUCACCGGAAAGUUGAGAAAAGACCUUAAGUACCAAGCACAGGUACGUCUGUUAUUUGACGCUUUAUAA